GUGCCGGACAUGGACUCCUCGUAUACACACGCCACCAACGCUAAACGCAGGGCGCGUUUCGCUUAGCCUACCUCUCUUCAUCAUGCACGCCUCUUGUUGGGGAACUCCAGCUAAAAACUUUUCUCUCUCUCUCUCUCUCUCUCUCUCCUUCCCCACUUGAAGAAGCCUCAGCAAUCUAAAGCUCUGAUAAUUCGAAGAACCCUAACUCGCACAUGAAAUUGGGAACCUAGGGUUUCGUAGCUGCUUCUUCAGUAGACCAUGGCAAUUUCCUUCGUAGAGUCACAAUGGAAGUGAAUGAUUCUGGGUUCUGAUUUAGUCUUAUAACUAGCUCGUUGUGAUUUUCUUCGUUUGAAUUAGCGCACAGCCAGGAGGAUUCCAGCGUUUUGAUCUGGUUUGUUUGGGAAAUUGUUGCUUCCUGUGCAACUAAGGGUAUGGAGAUCCUCUCGUUGCUAUGUGGAUCGGCUUGGUUCAGCGGGCAAUAAUUGUUGGAUUUGGUCUGAAGGGGUGAUUUUUCGAGGGAUCCUUAGUUGCUUCAGGGUCUCAACGCCAUGGCUGAUGCUACGUCGCUUAUUCCAGCAGCGGUUCUUAGGAAUCUCGCAGAUAAGCUUUAUGAGAAGAGGAAAAAUGCUGCUCUCGAGGUUGAAGGGAUCGUCAAGCAAUUUGCUGCAAAUGGAGAUCAUGAAAAAAUUUCAGCUUUGAUCAAUUUGUUGACAACUGAAUUUACGUAUUCACCACAAGCAAAUCAGCGAAAGGGGGGUCUGAUAGGGCUUGCAGCUGCGACAGUGGGUUUGACAUCGGAAGCCGCCCAACAUCUUGAACAAAUUGUUCCGCCCGUGCUGAAUUCGUUUUCAGACCAAGAUAGCAGGGUCCGAUAUUAUGCUUGUGAAGCACUAUAUAACAUAGCAAAGGUUGUAAGAGGUGACUUCAUUGUAUUUUUCAAUCAGAUAUUUGAUGCACUUUGCAAGCUAUCAGCAGACUCAGAUGCUAAUGUCCAGAGUGCUGCACAUCUUUUAGAUCGGCUUGUGAAGGAUAUUGUAACUGAAAGUGACCAAUUCAGCAUUGAGGAAUUUAUACCUUUGCUAAGGGAGCGCAUGAAUGUUCUGAAUCCUUAUGUACGUCAAUUUUUGGUGGGAUGGAUCACAGUUUUGGACAGCGUACCUGACAUUGAUAUGCUGGGUUUUCUUCCAGAUUUUCUUGAUGGUCUGUUCAACAUGUUGAGUGAUUCAAGUCAUGAAAUUCGGCAGCAAGCUGAUUUUGCACUUUCAGAGUUCCUACAAGAGAUUAAAAACUCUCCAUCUGUAGAUUACGGGCGCAUGGCCGAGAUAUUAGUACAGAGAGCAUCUUCCCCAGAUGAGUUUACGCGGUUAACUGCCAUCACAUGGAUAAAUGAAUUUGUAAAGCUUGGUGGAGACCAGCUGGUUCCUUAUUAUGCUGAUAUUUUGGGUGCUAUUCUUCCCUGCAUAUCUGAUAAAGAGGAGAAAAUUAGAGUGGUUGCUCGUGAAACAAAUGAAGAACUCCGUGCAAUUAAGGCUGAUCCGGCUGAGGGAUUCGAUAUAGGAGCUAUUCUCUCGAUUGCAAGGAGACAAUUAUCUAGUGAAUGGGAGGCUACUCGAAUUGAGGCAUUGCACUGGAUCUCGACCCUUCUGUCCAGACAUCGAUUAGAGGUUCUAUCAUUCUUGGAAUCUAUUUUUGAUCCUCUUCUCAAGGCUCUAUCAGAUCCCUCAGAUGAAGUGGUGUUAUUGGUUCUUGAGGUGCAUGCAUGCAUAGCACGAGAUGCACCACACUUCCGCCAUCUUAUUGUUUUUCUUGUCCAUAACUUUCGGAAUGAGCCAUCUCUUCUUGAGAGACGUGGUGCACUUAUAGUGCGUCAUCUAUGUGUUCUCUUGGAUGCCGAACGGGUCUACAGAGAGUUUUCAACUAUUCUAGAGGGUGAAGAUGACUUGGAUUUUGCAUCCAUCUUGGUUCAGGCUCUGAACUUGAUUUUACUUACUUCAUCUGAACUAUCUGAACUUCGAGCACUCCUUAAGCAGUCUUUAAUGAACUCUACUGGUAAAGACUUAUUUGUAGCACUGUAUUCUUCGUGGUGCCAUUCACCCAUGGCGACAAUAAGUCUUUGCCUUCUAGCUCAGGCUUAUCACCAUGCAAGUUCUGUAAUCCAGUCCCUUGUGGAGGAGGACAUAACCGUGAAGUUCUUGGUUCAACUAGACAAGUUGAUACGCUUGCUGGAAACUCCAAUCUUUGCGUACUUACGUUUGCAGCUUCUUGAUCCUGGAAGAUACACAUGGUUGUUGAAGUCCUUGUAUGGCCUUUUGAUGUUGCUUCCACAGUUGACUUCAAUACAGUGGAACUUAGAGGCUUGUAUCCUUUUGAUCUUGAAACAUAGUGACAGGAGUGAACCUGGUUAAAAGAAGUGGCUAGCAUUCUUACAAUGAUACAACUGAGAAACAAAAGGAAAAAAAGAAGGAUUUGUUGCUCCCUUAAGGUCAAAUUAUGCAUUUGGCGGCCAAAGCACCAUAUUAAGGGGUUUUUUUUUGUUCCCAAAACUAGCAAAUGAUUUUUAUUCAUCUGUAAGGUCAUUUUUUUUAUAGAUUGAUUUGGAGCUCAAGAUGCUCCAAAUCAAUUCCAUCAAGAUUGAUAUGGACUGUCCAUUCGAUGCAAUCUGGCCUAGCAUUUUACGAUCUCAAAAUCAGUUUUUGUGGAAAUCAAUCACAAGGUAAAUCAGUUGUUUCAUAAAGUUUCAGGUCAUAAAAAACCUCCUAGAUUGGUAGUUCUCCCUUAAGACCAAAUGUAAUUUCCCCGCAAGUCCACCAUACUCUUUCCCUAAAAAAGAAGAAUUUGCAAGUAUCCAAUGCCCAAUUCUAAUAAACUUUCGUGGAGUGGAUGACAUUAAACUCACAGCCAACUUUCAAAAUAAGGAAUUUUGAAAACUCACUAUCCUUUGCCCACAAUUUUUAAUUAGCAGUUGGAAAAGAAUAGACUCUUGAACAUUGUUUCAAAAAGCGCUACGCGGCACCUAGGCGGCCGGGAGGGGGGGUGGUCCGCCCAAUGCCUAGGUGGGCGCCUAUAACCUGAGCGGCAUAGUAGAAAAAAAAAAUGUAUGCAGUCUAAGUAUCUAAGUCUAAAAGUAUAACUAUAUAAUAUAUUAACACAUAAUCCAUAGUCCAUAUUUUCAUGAAUGAGGAGAAUUUAGAUAGUCCAUAAUCCAUCUUUCCAUACAAUUCUAGAACCAUAGAAGCAUACACAUAAAAGCAUACACACAAGAGUUAGAGUGUAGAAACUAGAAAUUAAAAAUAAGAAAAAGAAAAUAUACAGUGUAAGACUCAAUAGUCAACACCAAGAGUCAAGCCACUCAAGCGCCUUCCUUCUUAAGUCAUUAUUAUCAUCAUCAAAAGGAGUAGGGUAAGCCUCAUCAUAUGCAUCAAAUAUGAGGCCAUCAUCAUCAGAGUC